AAGCAAUGAUUGCAUCCUAAGAUUUGCCAAGCAAUUUAAAGCCAUAUGACUCAUUGCCACCUUUAAUAGCUUUAGCCACAUGAUAUCUGCUUGUUUGCUUUACCCUUCUCAAUAACCUCGCCAGAGAGACAAAGAACCUUGUAUCUUAAACCUAAGAUAAUGUCUUCCACGAAUCAUUUGCCUCGAAACCGCAUCCUUGAGUCAUGGAAGACUGGAACGCGCUCGCUGCGGAUUGCAUCGUUGUGUCGUGUUGUUGCCAAUGCCUGAUCCUCCAGAUUGCCGUCUUCAUCUUGUUAAAAAUUCCAUGCCGGCUAUUCCAAAAGACAAAGCGAUUCGCCAAGAAAAGGUUUCGGCAUUCCAGGAGAAGAAGGAAAAGCCUCGAAAAGACGAGUUAUUUAAGUGAAGGUCAGCUCGUGGAAGGGCCCGGGUGUUCUAUGAGAGAUGGGGAAGAUGGGUUUUUCAUAGACGUGUCGGAAAGAGGCGGGCGGUGCAUGGAGGAGGUUGAGAAGGCAUUGCAAGAGAUGUCUCAGAAGGGUGUGUUUGGAUUUGGGAGCUUUUGGGGCAGGGAAUCUGGAGGGAGCUUCUCAGGAUGUGUAUGUGAUCAUCAGGGAUUUGAUUCCAGCGUUGUUCAGCUUCAUCUAAUCGAAAUUGUUGGUUCUGCAGCUACAAAUAUCAGAGGAAGUAAAUCCAUUCUUUAUGCGUGAUUUGCCAACGAGCCACAAAUCAAUGAAUUCUUUUCGACAUCUCCGACCUUCUUUCCAUUGAGAAGACAGCCAAAGCUUCUGAUAUCUUCUAUUGCAUUCACCUCCCUUGCAAGGUGGCACAAUGUGCUAGUCAGGAUGAUGUCUUCCUUUUUCCUUCAGAAUAAAUCAAAGCAAUGCAAGAGGCUAGGACAACCACUUAUAACAAAAAGCAUUCCUAUACUACUUUCCUUAUUUCUUCAGUCACUUCGUUUUAUUUUUCAGAUUUCCUUCCUUAAGCGCAUCAAACAAGGUCCGUGAGACCAGAGAAGUUGGUCACGAGUUUAGAAAAAUGAAACAUCAUGAGUGCACAACGGAAGUAGAGUAGUUAAUUCACCAACAAGAUGAUUCUGUUUACUUCCUUAAGGAAUCGCUUGUGCACACUCUGUCAAACAGUAUAUCUUAUGAGUUCGUGAAUAAUGGAUUUUUGAAAGCUCAGCAGGAAAACAAUACACGAUGAGGGCUGUUCCUGGACCAUUCUGAUUUUGACUUCCUCUGCAUCGACUCUGUACAGCUCAGUUGACAGAUGUUUUAGCACUGGCAGCUUAUUAAGUUACUGAGGUAUUGCAAUCAAGAAUGGAUACGAUCAUCGAAAAGUCAACACAAGUGACAAUCAUUUGAAGCAUAUUCUCUGAAACCAAAUCCAAGCUUUGAUUCCUCAGAGAGUAUUCUCAUAAGACUUUUAAUGGGUCAACCGGAUAUGAUGCUGCAAGAUAUUAAAUGCUCAACAACCUUUUCAUUUCGGCAAAUUCAAAUGAAACCUAAAUUAAUUUCCAGAUCUGUUCAUCAGCACUGCCAUGAGUAAUGGAGCAACACCUCAUGGAAGUUUGCCAACCAUAAUGCUCCUUGCUUUAUUUCUUGCAAUGAUUUACCUUUUUCCUAUAUAUAUUAUGAGCAGUUCUGCA